CCGUUUCCGCAAAUGAGGAGAUGAAGCGCUGAGGCGAUACUGAUCUGGGGUCUUUGAGUUCAUCCGCGUGAUAGUCAAAGUUUUAUUAGAACUAAUAUACAUGGAGCUGGCGAAGGUGAGACGCCCUUGUAGCAAUCCCCGAUUCCCCAGGUAUCAUUCCCGCCAUGACCCCUGCAGGAGGCUUAUCACCAGAUGCCGCUGCAAUGGUUUCAAUAGUGCUGGAGAGCAUCUUAUACGGCUUUUCGGUCCUGAUGUUCAUAGGUACUAUCUGGGCGCUGACCUACCAACGUCGCAUGCAGGAGGUCAAUAGGCUAGUCACUGUUGUGGCCGUCCUGCUAUUGAUGCUGAGCACCGCGCACAUGAUCGUAGAGAUUGUUCGGACCGAAGAAGGACUGGUGAAAUAUCGCGAUACCUACCCAGGCGGGCCAGCGGCGUUCUUCACAGACGAAUCCCAACCAACGUUUGUGGUCAAGAAUUUGUUAUACGUUUUGCAAACUCUGCUUGGCGAUAUAGUAGUGAUUUAUCGUUGUUACGUCGUCUGGCGAACCGUCUGGGUUAUCAUCCUACCGAGCAUACUGUGGUGCGGUGUCGCAGUCACUGGCGCAUUUGCGGUCUAUAGCUAUGCGGAAGCAGACAAAAACAUCGAUAACAUCUUCACCCAAGCGACUAGUGAGUGCAUCGGGGUGUUCUGUGCCCUGACACUCGCAACAAAUUUGUUGAGUUCAGGAUUACUGGCGUAUCGCAUCUGGAAAAUCGAGCGCAAUGUCUCUGCCAGUCGUACUAUGAAGGUCACGACGACGAGUAUAUUGCGCGUAAUUAUGGAUGCUGCUCUUUUGUACUCCAUAGCGCUCCUCUUCACAAUAAUCAGUUCCCUUUGUUCGAGCAAUGGAGCGUAUGUUGUGGUAGACAUGGUCACGCAGAUCAUCUCGAUUACCUUCUACAUGGUGAUUAUUCGAAUCGCACUCGGUAGAAAGUUCAGCAGUCAGCUCCCGAGUGCCCGUGGAGGGACAGCUAGUGAGACACAACGAGGAAGCUUGGCUAUGAAGCCUUUGCAGGUUCACGUAUCCAAAUUUACGCAAAGUGACAGUUCCUCGGUGUACGGGAUUGGGAGUCAGGACCGAUCAUCGACAUACAAGGAGUCUGCGGACAUGCCAUCUUCCUAUGUGUAAUCAGCCUGGACUCCGUAUUAUGCUUUCACGAAAAUUGUUUUGAUAGUAUCAGAUGGUCACCUUCGGUCGGUCCGAUGUGCGUAGUGAUUCUGGGAUGAUUCACGACUUUAAUAGCUCUUUGUACAUACUAUGUCUUUCGCUUCAUGAAUGUUAUACGAUGUAUCGGUAG